AUGGGUCGGAAGAAAAUACAAAUAUCCCGGAUUACGGACGAACGGAAUCGGCAGGUCACUUUCAAUAAGCGUAAAUUUGGUGUAAUGAAGAAAGCGUAUGAGCUUAGCGUACUAUGUGACUGCGAGAUCGCUCUCAUCAUCUUCAGCUCCAACAACAAACUCUAUCAAUACGCCAGCACUGAUAUGGACAAGGUUCUCUUGAAAUACACGGAAUACAACGAACCCCACGAGUCACUGACAAACCGCAACAUCAUCGAGGCACUAACGAAGAAAGAGCAUAAGAACGGAGUGAUGUCACCGGACAGCCCGGAGGCGGAGCCCGAAUACAACCUGACACCGAGGACCGAGGCGAAGUACUCAAAGAUUGACGAGGAAUUCCAAAUGAUGAUGCAAAGGAACCAAUUGAAUGGGAGCCGAGUUGGAGUGGGAGUGGCUGGUAGCAACUACAACCUGCCAGUCAGCGUCCCAGUUGGCAACUACGAUCAAACACUACUUCAAGCUAGUCCACAAAUGCACACUUCUAUCAGUCCACGGCCAUCGUCUUCGGAAACCGAUUCAGUAUACCCAAGCGGCGGAAUGCUAGAGAUGUCAAACGGCUACCCAGGUUCAGGAUCUCCACUAGAUGCAGGUUGCACGCCGUCGCCCUCGCCGGGCCCGGCACCGUCACCUCACCGGCACGGACACAAGUCUCAUGGACAUGCACCACCGCCGCAUCACUCGCCGCGGCACAACAACUUGCGCGUCGUCAUACCCAGCUCAAUGCCACCACCACAGGAUGACAUAUCUUACGCUGGAGAGACACCACUCGGCUACUCAGGACUCGGCAAUUUCGGACCACAAGAUUUCAGCAUCAACUCGGACAUGGGCAUCGGACUGACGUGGGGCGCGCAUCAGCUCCAGACGCUACAGCACAACAGGUACAUUAGCAGCCUGCCAGUAUUGGGCGGGGGUGGAACGCCACCACCAGCGGCAUCGCCAAGCAACGUGAAGAUCAAAGCAGAACCGGUGUCGCCACCUCGUGCGCCUGACCAUCUCCACCGCGCGCCGCCACCACAACCAGCUCCGCAACCCGCGCAUCUCUCUGGCGUCAUUGAUGUGUAUCGGCACGUUGCAGGUUCAGUGUCUUCGAGCAACAUGGGCUCGCCGGCCGGGCAAGACAUGCGGCACUCGGCCGUGCCACUGGACUAUGAGCAGCCGCACACGAAGCGGCCGCGGAUCGAGGGUUGGGCCACAUAG